AUGUUAAUAGAAAUUCAUAAAGCCGUGGAGACUCUCCACAAAAUAGCAUUUGGAGCUAAACACACCAAUGCCUACAGACUCCCAGAGAAGAAACUUGCCACCUUUAUCACCAUCCUUACUGAGCUGUUAACAGCCCGCUAUGAAAAUAAUUGGUACCCGGAGAAUCCUGACAGAGGCAGUGGGUAUCGCUGCAUUCGGAUAAAUAAUCAGUGUGUGGAUCCUACAGUUGUUGAAACUUUGAAGCGGGCUAAGAUUGAACUUACCAAGGGGUUUGUUUUCACAGAGGUGACUGUCUGGGUAGAUCCUGGGGUCGUUUCUGUGCGCAUUGGGGAGGAUGGUAGUAUUGGUUCUGAGGUAGUUGAUGAAGAGGCCUAUAACUUUGGCAAACGCACAAAGCAGACUGUAUCAAAUCACUCCGGAUCUGAGUCCGAUGAAGGAUUCUCAUCUUCCCGCAGCUCAAGCCCAGAAUCAAGUGCAUCCGAGCGCUCUUGGUCCUCUAGUCCUUCCACUUCCCCAGUAUCUUCAAAAUCUUCAACCUCUCCAACUCCGUCCACACCUGAAUUCAACCCCUACUCCCCACCUGCCCAUGUUUCAUACCCAGGCCGUUACUCGCGUCCCACCACCCCUCAUCUUUCCUCCCAGCAAUCACUGAAGAACCAGUCUCAAGUCAACUACCUUCAAGGAGCGAGAUCUCAAGGCAGGCCUGUGAUUCCCUUUGGACCAACAUUGUCGUCUACCCCUAAUGGAGAUAUCAGCCAGCAGGGUCACAUUCCAAGCCCCUCAGUUCAACGUCCUGCCUCAUACACCCGUCCACGAGCCUUGUUUCCUGCUGAAGAGACCGGCCGCAGCCCGAGGACCCCUGUGAACGCAGUUGGAAAAGUGGGAUUCAAGCAAUAUCACACUACUCCUCUGGUGUUUGGUGGCAGCUUGCCACAGGCAAAUUUGGACAUUCCAGCUAUGGCUUAA